AUGGCCUUCAUCUAUCUUCACAGGCUCUUCCCUCUGCAACCUGCUUCUGCAAAGUGGUACGAUCGGAGGGACUAUGUCUUCAUUGAAUUUUGUGUUGAAGACAGUAAAGAUGUUAAUGUAAAUUUUGAAAAAUCAAAACUUACAUUCAGUUGUCUUGGAGGAAGUGAUAAUUUUAAACAUUUAAAUGAAAUUGAUCUUUUUCACUGUAUUGAUCCAAAUGAUUCCAAGCAUAAAAGAACGGACAGAUCGAUUUUAUGUUGUUUACGAAAAGGAGAAUCUGGCCAGUCAUGGCCAAGGUUAACAAAAGAAAGGGCAAAGCUUAAUUGGCUUAGUGUGGACUUUAAUAAUUGGAAAGACUGGGAAGAUGAUUCCGAUGAAGACAUGUCUAAUUUUGAUCGUUUCUCUGAGAUGAUGAACAACAUGGGUGGUGAUGAGGAUGUAGAUUUACCAGAAGUAGAUGGAGCAGAUGAUGAUUCACAAGACAGUGAUGAUGAAAAAAUGCCAGAUCUGGAGUAA